CGCAGUCCUAGUCGCCGCGCCUUCGUAUGAGCCGUGUGUCGCUGUCGUCCUCCGCCCCCGCGCCCCGCAUUCGUUUUGCCCGCAUUCUAGUCGUGGGUGUCGCGCCGUGCAGUCCUCGCGUGUGCCGCUGAACUUAGUGCGCCUGUUGUGAGUGCUUUAGUUCCCGCUCAAGUGUCAGUGUGACGGAGAAAUCAGAUUUCUGCCACGGAGGAUGUUAACAGCGUACGGUACGUUGUCCUAAUGCUCCUCCAUCGAGUGCUGAGCAAACAUUUUUUUCAAGAAUAUUAACAGAUAGCUGUUGACGUCCGUAGAAGCAGCCAGCCGCCCGGCCACUGUCGUUCUCCCCCCGCUCCUCAAACCCUCUCCAAGAUUGCUGCCACCAUGGGUCGGAAGAAAAUACAAAUAUCACGGAUCACGGAUGAACGGAAUCGACAGGUGACUUUCAACAAACGUAAAUUCGGUGUGAUGAAGAAGGCGUACGAGCUGAGCGUCCUUUGCGAUUGUGAGAUUGCACUGAUCAUCUUCAGCUCCAACAACAAACUUUACCAAUAUGCUAGCACGGAUAUGGAUAAGGUGUUACUGAAAUACACGGAAUACAACGAACCGCACGAGUCCCUGACCAACCGCAACAUAAUCGAGGCACUAACAAAGAAAGAGCAUAAGAACGGAGUGAUGUCGCCUGACAGCCCAGAAGCAGAACCGGAAUAUAACCUGACACCACGGACCGAGGCAAAGUAUUCAAAGAUAGACGAGGAAUUCCAAAUGAUGAUGCAACGAAACCAAUUGAACGGCAGCAGAGUCGGAGUCGGCGUUACCGGGAGCAACUACAACUUACCUGUCAGCGUACCAGUCGGAAAUUAUGAACAGUCACUCUUGCAAGCUAGUCCACAAAUGCACUCCUCUAUCAGUCCACGGCCAUCGUCUUCGGAAACCGAUUCAGUUUACCCAAGCGGCGGAAUGCUAGAAAUGUCAAACGGUUACCCAGGAGCCGGCUCGCCACUCGGCGCGGGCUGUACACCUUCGCCCUCCCCCGGACCUUCCCCCUCUCCACACCGACAUCCGCACAAGCCACACUCACACGCACCACCGCCGCACCAUUCGCCCCGUCACAACAACCUGCGCGUCGUUAUACCCAGCUCCAUGCCACCACCGCAAGACGAUAUAUCUUACACUGGAGAGCAUUGUCUGUUCCAGACACCACUAAGCUACUCAGGACUCGGCAACUUCGGCGGACCACAGGACUUCAGCCUGAGUUCGGAUAUGGGCAUUGGACUGACGUGGGGCGCGCAUCAACUGCAGACUCUACAACACAACAGGUACAUAAGCAGCCUGCCAGUGCUAGGCGGAGGCACACCACCGCCCGCUGCAUCGCCUAGCAACGUGAAAAUUAAAGCUGAGCCCGUGUCACCCCCACGUGCGCCUGACCACAUGCAUCGUGCGCCCGCGCCACAGCCCGCGCAUCUGUCUGGAGGCAUUGAUGGAUCAGUCACGUCAAGUAACAUGGGCUCGCCGGCCGGGCAAGACAUGAGGCACGCCAACACCGUCCCACUAGACUACGAGCAGCCUCAUACAAAACGGCCGCGGAUCGAAGGUUGGGCCACAUAGCUAGGCUAUGAGGCCUUCGGUUCCUACCCGAGGCCCCUCCACCCGCACUGCUAAACGGCCCAGGCUAGGUCCAGGGCCACGCACCUCCAAGCCCAACAAACGUGGCUGCAAAUCCUCCAUCGAGCUUUCGGUACUAUACCGUCCUGGUCUACACAAAAUGCUCUUUUCCUCGUAAGGAUUAGACAAUCAAUCAAAGAACAAUUCGGAAGAUGUUUAAAUGGUGCGGUUAUAUUGAAAUAUACAUUUGUUAUUGGAAUCUUUGGAGUCAUCAGUCCUAUGGAAAAGGGCAGAUUAGUACUAUCUUCAAACCUUCGUUUCCUGUAGAUGUCGAUGUUGAUUAAUUGUUUAUAUUCACAACCCUUCUAUGAUACGUAAUUAUUAAUGUAAUGCACAUGCAAGUACACUAAAGAGUAAGGAUUAAUGUUUAAAUUAAGUACAACUAUGUGUUAUAGAUGCAACCCUGAUCAAUUUUAAACUUUAAACGUAUCUAGAUAGAAUUCAAUUUCCCUUGUAAAUAGCGACAUUAUAUGUGCAAUCCGUGCCAUUAUCUGUUUAGCUUAUAGUCAAUUAGUUAUAGUGGAAACAAAUUCUGAAGUUCGGUGCGUGAACUGUUACGAGCAGCCGGAGGGCGUGUUGUGCGCGACAAAGUGACCACAGUAACGUGCGAGUGCGUUGACUAAACCGACUGUUGACUUUGUGUUAGUGUUUUAAAGUUUUUUUGUGCCAUUUUAAAAUAUCAUUAGUGCGACAUCCGAACUUUGAAUCUUUGUAAAUUAAGUAAGCGUAGCGUCAUCACAGAAGAUAAUAAGUUAUGUAUUGGAAAAUGUACUUUAUCUAUUGACAUAUUUAUACAUGAGAAUCAUAAUGAUAUUUACAUAAUAUGUAUACACGUCCCGUUAGGAACGAAUGUUAUGUAAUGUAAGUAGGUAAAGUUAGGUAGAGAUGACUAUAUAAAGGUACCACACGAAGCUUUAAAAUUCUUAUGAUAACACUCGCACUCUAAGCAGUCUUGUAAGUAAACACGAUUCUAUUUAUACAAAUUUAGAACUCCUAUUAAAAUUUAGAAAUCAUCACUUGAAUAUUAAUUUGUUUAUAAAUUAAACUGAAAUAUUAAAAAAAAAGUAUAAAGUCAAAUUUAUUUCUUUAUUUAGAAUGUGCGGGGGUGUCUAAUUUUCAGACCAAAAACCAAGUCAAUUUUGAAUAUCAUUGUAAAACAGUACUUCUAAAGUACCCAUGUUAGUGUUAUAUAUUAGUGGCUAUUAUUGGUUGCUAUUGAAAAAUGAAGCUUGUUGUUAGUAAAAAAAAAAUAUUUUGUUAAUGUGAUCUGAAGUGUUACAUUAAAAAUCGUAUUUUAAAUAGUCCUCGACACACACUACAUGUUAAUGAUGUUAGCUUUACUCAAACACAGAAAUAUAUUUAUCACUAAAUCAUACAUAUUUUCGUAAAGCACUAUUAAGUCACAAGCCACCCUAUUUUUAGAUCAUGUUAUAUAAACAUUGAAACAUAACGGAUUUCCUCAUUAUAAUAUCGUUGUUACCUAGAUAUCCAAAACGACCACGUAAUACUGUAAUUGUUCAAAUGUUUCGAAUUAUACUUGAAAAUCAUAAUCUAAUACUUGAAUUUGAAGAAUAUAUAUUUCUCAUUUGAAAUGUUUAAAACCUCUUAAAUUCACGUAUUAGGUCCUCCAUCAUAUCUCCUCACUGUAGUUGCCUUACUCACAGUGCCUAAAUGUACCAUAUUUUACCAAAUUUGUAUCGUACUAUACGUUUUGUGCAUCGAUUUUUUCACAUCCUAAUAUUUAUAAGUAUUUACAAUAUAUAAAUAUAUAUCUAUAUAUAUAAAUGUUAAUAUUUGCAAUUGGAAAACUGUUUCAUUUGCAUACAUAACAAUGUGUUUGGACAUGUUUAAUUGAUUUAUAUCAUUGUACAAAAUGUAAAGAAUUUUUUAGUGUUAGAAUAAUAGAUGGAAAUGUAUAAUCGUCAACCGUAUUCGAUCGUUAGGAAAAAUAAAUUAACAAUUUCAAUGUUACUGUUAAAAUAAAACAACUAUUAAUAAAUAGAAGAAUAUGCUUAAUUCUUCAAAUCACAGUAACAAAAUGUUAUUGUAUAUUUGUUAAAAUUUGUACAGGGAAGUACUCAGUUUGAAGUUCAAAAGUCUGAACGAAUAAUAAUUGUAUUUUCGCAUUGUAAAAUAUUAUACACAACUAGUUGUAAUACGAAUUAAUAUUUUAUUACCGGAACAUAAUAAACGUUGGCCCUUGUUUGAGGGAGUAUAUUCGUACACCGUAAAAUAAUGUUUAGUCUAAAAUUGUUAAUGUGAUAUCAAUACACUGCACUGUUACAAAUAUCGUGUUUCAAAUUCUAAAAUUGCGUUAUAUCCAUUUGUGAUCGUUUUCGAUCGUUCGUUCCUAAUUGUUCCUUUCAAUGAAAAGUUCGAGUGCUUUAUUUGUUGAAAUUUGCUCAACCGUUAACAUUUGGCCAUUGAUCCAUAUUUCAAGGAUUAAAUUAUGUUUUCUUUAUCUUACUAAAGUAGUUAAUUCUUUAUUGAUUUCUCAAAUCAACUUACAAUCGUCUUUACUAAUUGAAUAAAAUUUAAUAAAAUAGCGAGCAAGAUAUCAGAAAAAUUCAAUGUUGAAAUGAGAAAUCAUUCAAAGACUUGCAGCCCCAUUCCCCCAUAGAUUGUUUAGUGAAUUAGAUACAAUACACGUUGUUACCUAAAUACCUAUCACAAUUGAUUGCACUGAUCAUGUUGUAAAACAACACUUAUGUAUAAAAUUCAGUAAAAAUGUUUUAAAUAUUUUUCGUGUAGUAGACUUAGGGACAAUACUUUGUUUGUCUGUUUAUGUGAGUCGUUCACUUAUUAUAAUAAUGUCUGAUAAGAGAUAAAUAUGUCGAUUGCACUUUACGUAAUUUAUCGACUUUCUUGUAUAAAAAUAUAUCAACAGUAAGCUGGUAUUGGGAGCAUUAUUUCCGAGGUUGUGAGCUUUGCUAUCGGGAAUGAUUUCACUUUAUAAUUAAUAUUUAAAUAUAAUAUUCAUUUCACGCACAACCGUGUUGUGUGUUAUUGUAAAAAGUGUUUGCAUUGUUUGUUUUGUAGACGUAUCUACUUUGUGUAUGUUUUACCUGUAUUUAUCUAGCUGUGUCACAAUAGCAAAGAGUCACUUCAGUUUUACAUUAUUGCAUUUAAAUGUUGUAGUCAUAAGCAUAUAGCAUCCGAAAUCAGAAUUGAUUUCGACGUAGUACAUAAUAGUUCUCUCGUCCACUUCCCCUUUUUGCUAUUGCCUCACAGCAAUCGUGGACAACCCGGAUAGAUUAUCGGUAUAUGAAUACAUAUCCUUAUUGAAUACUCAAGUCGAUUUCACACUUAUUUCUCUUGUAACAUCAGUUGUGCAAUACAUAAUGUAACAAAUCGCUUAGGUAGGUAUUAGGUAUAUUUUUGUUUGAAUUUACAAGAUGCUAAUGCAAAAUCUGUUGUAUUUUAUCGAUAUUUUUACUGAUAAUAAUGAGGAUACCUAAGAUUUUCUAAGGUGCCUCGUGGAAAUUUAAGUCAUAAUGUAUAAUUAUUUUUAAGAUGAGGCCGGGCCAAAUAUUGCAUUAAUUUAGGUCUUACAGCGCCUGUGUUUCUGCGCGGCAGCCCAAUCUGCCCUAUGUGUGAAUGAGUAACGAUAAUAACAUCUCAAUGGUUGAAUGGAAUAUUAAUAUUAAUGGACAGUGUUAGAAAAUUGUUAUAAAUUAUUUUGAUGACUGUUCGAAGGAUAAUAAAGAGUUGGAUGUCAA